AUGUCAUCUACCACAAAGGUUCUCAUCAUCAAUGCCGACGAUUUUGGCUAUUGUCCUAGACGAAAUGCUGCUAUUGUGGAUCUUUUUCGCCGACAGGCAAUUUCAUCAACCAGCUUAUUGAUCAAUGGAGAUUAUACGAGUGAAGCUCAUAAAUUGGCUACACUCCAUCACAUUCCAAUCGGUUUACAUUUAAAUCUGACUGAGGGUCGACCAAUUACGACCGAUUUAAAUCGUAUUUCGUCAUUAGUCGAUGCAUAUGGUAUGAUGCAUGGUAAAAUGGGUCUACGUAAUGCAAUCGAUCAAGGAUCUAUCGAUAUGACUCAUGUUGAAUAUGAAAUUGAGAUGCAAUUUCGUCAAUAUCGACAAUGGACAACAAACGAACAAUAUCCGAUGCAUAUCGAUGGUCAUCAGCAUAUUCAUAUUCAUCCAAUGUUAGCUGAAUGCAUUGCUCGGCAAGCGAGCCGUUUCAAUGUUAAAUAUAUUCGUGUGCCGUUUGAUCAAGCGAUUCUCACCAAGUCGAAUCCAGAACCAUUCUAUCAAACCGUUAUCGAACAAGCUUGCAAUGCUCGCACCAUUUUUAAUCGCUACGGUCUUUGUUAUCCAUCCUAUUUUAUUGGUCUAACGACUAUGGGCCAAGCAAUGACAUAUGACAAUCUCGAAAGACGUUUGGAAAUGUUUACACUAAAUACAACAUCGAAUAUUGCCGAAUUAAUGUGUCAUCCAGGUUAUCCAAGUGACACAUUCAUCGGGGGUUGUGGAACGGGACAGCCGGAUGAAUUUUCUUGAAAACGAAUUGCUGUGAUUGGUACUGGUUCAAGUGCAAUACAAUGUGUACCUGAACUACAUAAAAAUUAUGAUAUUUCACAUUUAUAUGUUUUUCAACGAACACCACCUUGGGUUACUUAUUCAAAAAAUCGAACAUUAACACAAUUUGAAAAGAAAUUAUUUACUUUUAUUCCAUGUAUUCAAAAAUUUCUUCGAGCUUGUACUUAUUGGAGACUUGAAUCAACUGUUCUAUCAUUUGUUUAUCGAUUACCUAUUCGUUUAAUUGCACAAAAAUUAGUUCGAUAUCUAUUUUUUUUAUCAAGUUAA